AUGGAUAAUGAAAAUUCUGAUCAACUUUUCCAAAAUUAUGAGUCAAUUUUACAAGAUGUGCUAUUGAUAGUACAAGAACAACGUGAAGCUAAUAACGUUAAUUGGGCAAAGGCUGUCAAGAAAAGCUUUGAAGGAAUUGAUAUUAUG